AUGCAUUGAAAGGUCCAUGGUCCCUUUAAAGAUGCAGUAAGAUAAAUCAGUGAAAAUAAAGAUGUGACAUUUUUAGAAUGGAGAGAAAGCACCAUUUUGGAAGUUAGCCCAAUCACCAUUUUGUGACAGCUUCUCCAGAGUGCAUCAGUCUGCUAUAUCUGUGAUCUACAAUGAAUGCCAAAUCUGCAAUCAGCAAAGAAAUUUUUGCCCCACAUGAUGAAAGGAUGCUGGGAGCAGUCCAAGUAAAAAGAAGAACAAAAAAAAAGAUUCCUUUCCUAGCUACUGGGGGUCAGGGUGAAUAUUUAACAUACAUCUGCCUGUCAGUGGUAUAUAAAUUUGCAGCAAAAGCACAACCUGUGUAUAUACUGUUGACAAACAAGAAACCAGCUCAAGCAUCUAUUACAAAGGUGAAGCAAUUUGAAGGCUCUACAUCUUUUGUCAGGAGAACACAGUGGAUGCUUGAGCAGCUUCGCCAGGUCAAUGGUAUAGACCCUAAUCGGGAUUCCCCAGAAUUUGAUCUACUAUUUGAAAAUGCUUUUGACCAGUGGGUAGCAAGCACAGCUUCAGAAAAGUGCACAUUUUUUCAGGUCCUACAUCACACUUGUCAGCGAUACCUUACAGACAAGAAGCCAGAAUUUAUCAACUGCCAGUCUAAAAUUAUGGGAGGAAACAGCAUACUCCAUUCAGCAGCAGACAGUGUGACAAGUGCAGUACAAAAGGCAAGUCAGGCUUUGAAUGAGCGUGGUGAAAGGCUAGGUCGAGCAGAAGAAAAGACAGAGGAGCUGAAAAACAGUGCUCAGCAGUUUGCAGAAACUGCACACAAGCUUGCCAUGAAGCACAAAUGCUGAGAAUACUGCCCAAACUUGAAAUCUUCCCAAGAGAAACUGAAAAGGCUACAUCCAGCAUCUUUUACAGGAGAUCCAGACUUCUGUGUGCUUUUUUUCUUCCAGUUCAGUGGAGAUGCAUUCUUUCAGUUUCUGUGCAGGAAACAGUGUUGCAUUUCUACCUUUUUGACUUUUGUUCCUCUUUUGUAAUAUUGCUACAAAGUCCUGCAGUAUUUUCUACCUGUAUUUCAUUUGUUACAGGAGUGAAAGCAAACAGGGGAACUGGACCAAAUGACAAGCUGAUCAGGAUUAAAAUAGUAAUAUUCUUCCCCAGUUGUACGGAAAAUUAUUUAACUGGUUGUGGACAUAUGUGUGGAAAUAAAAUCCAAAGAAGUGGUAUGCUUUUCAUUUUAUGUAGCAGAAUGAGAAUGUUGGAAUUAUACACCUGGGGUUGUAACCAGUGGAGAAUAGACUGCAUUGUCCUGAGAAACAGAAAAGCUGGUUUCUUCUACCCGAUGUAGGAAGUUUUGCAUGUGCCAUCACCAGCAUUCACAAGUGCAUAUCUGAAUUUCAUAGCUGCAUUAUGCAUAUUCCUGUUUUCACUUCUGGAUUGAUUAUUUGAAUAGUAUAAUGAAACCUACAGAAUGUAUGCUUGAGGUUUCAAAAUUGAGGAGAAAAGUAAGAUUUACAUCAAUGUGACCAUAGCUGUGCCUCAGACACAAUGUAGAAUUCCGCAAUCUGAUAAUAACAUUUCAUCAUCUUUUUACCUGUGAUUCUGUGAGUAAAGGCCUAUGUAAAUGAGAAUGCAAAGGCGUGGGAAAAUGAGAAUGCACUAUUUUCCAACACUUCAGAAACUCGUCUGAUUCGAAUGACUUCUGUGUUAGCUAGUGAUCUGAUUUCUAAUAUAGAGGCUUUCAAAAAAAGCAUGUCUUGGUACAUUAGUAUCAUAACUUCUGGUAUGUGUCUCAGUUUUCAGUAUAUAUACAAUAUAUAUAUUGUCACUGGAAGGGUGACUCCAUUCUGUAUUCACUAUAUGCAAUAUAUGCACUGUAUUCUCUUAAAAAAAAGGUUACUCUUUUCCUUCACCACUGUUUUCUUAACAUUUUUUAAGAUCAUCUAAGACACCUUUGGAGUGAAAAGGGGGAGGAUGCUGCACCUUUUUGUUUCUUUGGCUUUGGGGUUUUUUUUUAAACCAGUAAGCUGGAAACAGACAUCCUAGCAGAGGUUUCAGCCUUCAUCUUCUAAAGAUGCCUGCUCUCCAUUUUUUGUCCUCAUCUUACUAGAUUGCUGGCAUUAUAUGAAUGUACUGUAGUUUUCAUUUUUAAUGUAGAAUAAUAUUUUUGCAUUAUAAAUGACACUCAGAAAAGUCUGAAGUCCUCAGAGCAGUGCUUCUAAGGGAGAUAAAAACUUCUGUUAGUAAUUGAGAGUAUUUUAGUUACUGCAAGCUGAAGUAACUGAAUCUCUUGGAAAUACCCAUUUUGUGAAAAGAUGCUUGGCUUUACAAAAACAUUCUCAUUUGAAUUAAAGACACUAUCUAGUUAACUGAUUACAUUCAGACUUUACAUCUGGUUUGUUUGGGUUUUUUUCCUGUAAUUUGAACUGGUUUGUAUGAAGCUUUGUAUUGAAUUUCACACUGGGAAUUUGAGAGAAGGGGUAAAUUUGUCAUCUCUGUAGCACCAUAGGAUCAUUUAGAUAUGUUUAGCAUCAGCUGUAAUAGUUACUACACCCAGCACUGUCAACUGAAAAAGAAUUUGGCCACAUCUGUUAUAAAUCAGAACAGGUUCAUUAGCAACAUGAGUUCUGAAUACUCCAUUGAGCUACAUACAAUUAAUGUAUGCCCUGUAAAAGUCAGUGGCUUUCUGAGCACUUUUCUAAUAACUAUGGGUAUUUCUGCAAAUUAGCCAGAAAACCAGCACCUCAUUAAAUAUUAAACUUCUCCUAGAGACAAAAUAUUAGGCUGUUUUUUAAAAAUAGCUGCAUUAGAAAUUAAUCCGGGAGUCCUUCUUGACCACAUAGCUAUCUUCUGUCAUCAUCCUUUCCACUCUUUUGAUAAUUACAUUCUGCUGCUAACCUCACACAUAUUUCUCUUGAGAGAAGGAAGGAAUAGGUUUUGAACUGCUGCCAUCUAGCUGGUCUUCUAAGAUUGUCAGUAAUUUAGAAGAAAUGUCUAAAAUCCAGAUAAACCUGAAAAGAAUGAGUUGUCUAAAUUCAGGUAAAAAAGCAUAGGUUUUCAGGUGUUUACAUGAAUAUCAGCUGGACAGGCCAAGGUCACAGUUGCGCUGUAAAGUUCCAGACCUUUUGUGAGUUGAACUAUUCUAAAACAUUGCUUUAGUCUCACUGACAGUUUUUCAACUUUUUUUUUGCUGUUCUCCACUUACGUGUGUUGUGUUACGUAUCAUAACUCAGGACUUAAAUACAACCAUCAAAAGCCAUUUUCUAUGGUAAUUUUGAGUAACCUAGUGUUAUUAAAUGAAGGAAAAGUGAUUUGUCUGUGUGUUUACUUUGUUCUUGCUGUUCAUUAAAUGACAAAAUAUGGUAGUUUAUAGAAAAAAAAUUUGAGGCGUAUAAAUGUCUAUCCAAAAUCUUACAACAUUGCAGUUUCCUUCUGGAACUGAGCUUGUAGUGUAUACAACCUAGUAUUAUUAGAUAGUCAUGUAUAUAACAUAUAUUAUAAUUCAGGUUAAUGUUUCAUAUGAAAGAAUGUAUUUGUAAAUUGUAACGACAUCAGUAGUUUUUAAAGUUCUGCAAAGAAUAAAAAUACUGUUAGGUUUCACUACUGUACUGCAAACUCUGUCUUAAAAGGCUACUUUUGUGUCUAGCAAAAGUUGUGUAUUAUGUGAAAUAUUAACAAAAAUGUGCUCUCUAAAAAGUGAUCUUAAUGGUAGUGAUCUUAAUGGUAGGUAGGUUUUGCUAUAAUAUACCAGAAUCGUAAUACUGGUAAUUGUAAUACUUGCUGGUAUCUGUUGUAACCAGUUCCUUGAAAGUUCUCAAAGAUGUAGAAAUUAUUUUGUACUGUUCUGGGGAAAGAAAAAAGCGGGACCGGCUCUCUUGAGUCAUUUCUGGAAACCCUGAUUUUGUCAUUAAAUACUUUAACUGCGAUGAAAAAAAAA